AUGGCGGUGAACAGCCCCGGAGGUUAUCCGCCUGUUUCUCCUAAACCACACACCCCUAAAAGCCCUCGCCACUUUAUAUUCCCCCAGAAAAGUCCUUCCAUAGCAUCCAGCACAUCUUCGUCCGGAUAUUACACCCCCCAGUCUGGUUGCAGCUAUGACAAGCACAACCAGCCCCCUAAAUCUCCAAUAGCUCACGGACACAGAAGUCCGAUGUCUCCAAGGCACUUCAAUUUCCCCCAAAAGUCCCCAUCCGGCCGAUCGAGUCCUUGCGUCGAGCGCGCCAGCCUGCACUACACCACAUCUCUCAAGCACAGUCGCCGAGAGAAGUCCAGGUCGCCAAAACCGCCCCCUGUGCACAUCCACACGAACCCUGGAUACGUCUCCCCCAACCGUACGAGGAAACUAUACAGUUCUACUUCCACAGUGAGCUCGCCGCGGCUUGUGACGUCACCGAGCAUAGUCUCCAGUCACACGGAUGACUCCACAGACGCGAUGCCGGGCACUCCGUCUGCAAUCCUCCAUGAUGCAGAUGACGAGGCUACGACGAUAUCGUCGAAAAUUUGUCGGAAGUCAACGUCAGAUUUGACAGACAUGACGGAUGACACGCCCCAUACUCGGUCGACGAGCAUCAGUAGACCAUGUUCUCCAAUGCGCAGAGGGUCUAUGAAGGGCGGGUUGGCGUACUUGGCGAGUAGACGAGGGUCGAGGGAGUCUACCAUGUCAAAUUGCGAUUCUGUAGAAGACAUAGGUCCGCUGAACUUUCAGAACACUAUGAGAGGCCGUCAGAGAAGGACGUCAAACUUUUUGGAGUUACCAGAAGGAGGUGGACCGCGAGAGGGAGCUAUCUUUCUUCUUACGCCCCAGCCGCCGCAGAAGGCACUCCGAGCGUCGGGUAUCGAGAGAAGAUCUCCGGCCACCGUAAGCGCGAGUCUGCGGACAGCGAGUAAGGGUAGCUCGCCGCCCGACCAGAACAAGACCAAAGAAAGAGCCAAUAUACCACCACAGAUGGGGCCCUAUAGAGCUGACGUUCAGCUGGGGUUGCGGGUGUGGGAGAGCCAUGGUUCGGCACGAAUGGGUCGGCUUUACCGGAGUUAUCCCACGGCCUCACAGAUAACCGGCGUGAAACAAUCACAACGUUGUGUUUCGCCGUUGGUGGAACACUCCCGGCCUCGCGUCUGUUCGCUGCCUGAGAAGCCGUACAACCCUCGAGUGUCAGACGACCUGUACCGUCUUCGCACCUUCAGCAUCACCACCAAGGGAGGUGUCGUCAACUGUGGAGACUCCAUCUGCAACCGUAGAAGUCGGUCUAAUACUUCUGUCAACUCUACUAAUAGCAGAAGCUGCGGGCCCGCAACCGCAGCGGACGCGGGCGAAAAUCGCUCCCGGUUUUCUGCAAGCAAAGACCUAAAGUUUGAAUGGACCGGUUCUAACGGCAAGCACGUCUGA